AUGUCACCGGGGCAGAAUCUUACCACCGUGACAAGGUUCAUCCUGCUGGGCCUCACAGACCAGGAAGAGCAGAAGCAGCUGCUGUUUGCCGUCUUCCUGCUGAUCUAUGCCGUGACCCUGGUGGGCAACCUGGGCAUGAUAGACCUGAUCCGCACCAGCUCUCCCCUCCACACCCCCAUGUACUUCCUCCUCAGUGUGCUCUCCUUCCUUGACAUCUGCAAUUCCUCCGUCUUCACCCCCAGGCUGCUGAUAAGCUUCCUCAUUGCUGACCAGUCCAUCUCCUUUGAGGGCUGCGUGGUCCAGAUGGCCCUGAUGAUCCUCCACGGCACCAGGGAGUGUCUGCUCCUGGCCAUCAUGGCCUAUGACCGCUUCGUGGCCAUCUGCCACCCUCUCCUCUACCACAGCAUCAUGUCCAAGUCCUUGUGUGUCCAGCUGGUGGUGGUCACCUAUGCAGUGGGGGUGUUCAUUUCUGCUGUGCAGACAGGAAAUGUCUUCAUCUUGCCCUACUGUGGGCCCAACGUCAUCGAUCACUACUUCUGCGACAUCCCCCCUGUGCUGCAGCUGGCCUGCACGGACACCACGGUGGCCAAUAUCAUCCUGCUCUCCUUUUCAGCCUUGGUCACUGUCCCCACCGUGUCCAUCAUCCUGGUCUCUUACGGCUACAUCCUGGUCACCAUCUACAGGAUGAGGUCCCUGGAGGCCCAACGCAAGGCCUUCUCCACCUGUGCCUCGCACCUCACUGCCCUCUGCCUCUUCUACGGGUCUGUGUUCCUUGUCUACGUCCAGCCCAACCCCGAGAGCGCCGCAGCCUACAACAAGAUCCUCUCUGUCUUCUACACCAUCGUGAUCCCCAUGCUGAACCCCCUGGUCUACAGCCUGAGGAAUAAAGACGUCAAAGCCGCGCUACAAAAGAAAGUCAGCACCUCUGUAGCUACUGAGAGGAGGUUACUCUGCAACGCCUGCGUCCUCACUCACCACUCCCAGGAACAGACAAGGAACGGGGACUCCUUCAGAGCUGCACGCCUGCAGACCCCGUGCCCCAUGCUUACCUGCUAUGUCUGCACCCUCGACUACUCCUAG